AUGUCGUUGAUCAUUGGGCCGGAGCAAACUAGUUUUGUGGUUGGUCGUCACAUUACGGGCAAUAUUAUUUUGGCUCAGGAGGCUAUGCAUUCUAUGCGUAACAAAACCGGUAAAAAGGGUUAUAUGGCGAUAAAAAUCGACAUGGAAAAAGCUUACAAUAAGAUUGCUUGGAGUUUCCUUCGUGAAACUCUUGUUCUAGCCAAUAUUCCGGAAAACAUAAUUCAAGUCAUUAUGCAGUGCGUUACCACUACUUCGUUAAUCAUCAUCUGGAAUGGUGCUCCAUUACCUGCGUUCUAUCCCUCUUGCGGCCUUCGGCAAGGUGAUCCGCUACCACCUUAUCUAUUUGUCUUGUGCAUUGAAAGGCUUGCUCACGUUAUCAGCGCUGCAGUUGCGAAUAAUAGCUGGAAACCUCUUCGUAUGGGCUUCUUUGGAUCAAGGGAGGUUGUUAAUCAGGUUCUGAAUGCUUUUUGCAAAGCUUCUAGGAAAAGAGUGAAUAAUGAUAAAACUAAAGUCUUGUUUUCGUCGAAUAUUUUGAGUAACCUGAGCAGUAUUAUUGCUAAUAAUUUAGGCUUUGCUAAAACCCUAGAUUUUGGUAAAUACGUGGUAGUAGAACUUAUUCAUGGAAGAGUGUUUAAGAAACAUUCUGAGGGUUUUGCGGAUCGUAUUCGUAAUAAAUUAACAAGCUGGCAAGCUAAAACGCUCUCUAUGGAAAGGCGUGAUACUCUCAUCAAAUCUGUUAUUUCCUUAAUGCCUAUCUAUUCUAUGCAAAUUAUGUCUAUCCCGCUGGGUUAUUGCAAGAAAAUGGAUGCUAAUUGUCGUAAGUUUCUUUGGGGAUCUGCUUCUGGAAUCCGAGUGCGGUGGGCUGUUUGUGAUGGUCGAAAAGCUCGUUUUUGGCUUGAUCCUUGGCUUGGGGACAAUGUUGUUCUUAAUCAAGUAGUUAUUGCUCAAAUUCCUCCUAAUGAACUUGAUUGCACUAUUAGCUACUAUGCUGAGGAUAAUUAUAAUUGGAGCUGGAAUAAAUUUACUCACCUGCUGCCUGCUGAGUAUUUAAGUAAAAUUGCAAAUAUGUGUCCUCCUAAUAUUGAUAAUGGAAAUGAUUUCAUUUAUUCGGGUCAUUCUCCUUCUAGGUAUUUCUCAAUGAAAUCAGCUUAUAAUCUCAUUGAAGGUCCUAAUUGUAAUGCUAAAAAUAGCUUUUGGAAGGUGGUUUGGGAUUGGGCUAGUCUAGAGCGAAUUAAACAAUUCAUCUGGCUUUCUACACGGAAUCGAGUUUUUAUUGCUAAGGAAGUUAUCAAUGUGUCUCAAGUUUUGGCUGAGAUUCAUGCGCAUAUGCGCUAUAUGCAUUUGGCUUAUUCUGCUUCUGAUUUGAAUAAUCAUGCGGCUAAAGAGAAGGUUACUAUGAGUAUUGGUUGGUCUUGCCCACCCCCUAAUUGGGUUAAUAUCAAUACUGAUGGCGCUUUUAAUCAAAAUUCAGGGUUGCGAGAGCUGGAAGGCUGGGACUGGGAUGUUCAAGUUUGUCAUGUCUACAGAGAAGCAAACAAUGUUGCGGAUCAUUUAGCCUCUAUAAGGAAUGGAAAGUUGAUCGGUCUAGCUAUUCAUGAGAGCAUUCCGAGUAGUUUGGUGCCCUGGAUUCUGCAUGAUAUUCAUGGCACAUCUUAUGACAGGAACAUUUGUGCUUGA